AGUUAUCCUAAUAUUACCACUACCACUACCACUACUACUACCACCACCACCACGUCUAAGUAAAUAACGAAAGGAUAUAAAAAGUAAAAAGUAAACGCGAAACGGGGACGGAAUGGUGAUUCGUGAGAUAUGUCUUAAACUAAUGUUAUUCGGUAAACAUUAAUUCUAAGGCCAAUGGACAUAAAGCCGGGUUAUUCGAACGCCAUUGCGUACUGAUGAAUUUGGUAGCUAAGACAAAAAGGCACAGCAUGCUACUAUGCCGACUACUGAUGCUGCUAUCUCGCAAUACAACGUUAUACAGCAUGAGCUAUCCUCAACCACAAGCGAAUUUCUAUAUGUCGAGAGCCAAUGCCAUAUUUUAAGAAACUCAUACCAUUCUUCAGUCAAGUGAAGCAGCAGAUGAAGAAGAAGAAAUGUGGCUAAUCAACACCAAAACCUUGGAGCUUGAAUUUGUUGCGAGCCCCAAGGAGCGCUCUUAUGCCAUCUUAUCACAUACGUGGGAGGACGAAGAAGUAUCCUUCCAACAAUUUUCAGAUAUUACGAAAUGGGCGUCGAUUGCACAGCGGCGCGGAUUUGCCAAGAUUACGAAGACGUGUCAAUUGGCCAAAGACAAACACAUGCUGGACUAUGCCUGGAUAGAUACUUGCUGCAUUGAUAAGACAAGCAGCACCGAGCUAUCCGAGGCCAUCAACUGUAUGUUCAAAUGGUAUCAAGAGGCAGCUGUGUGUUUCGUAUGGCUUUCUGAUAUGGUUCUCGAACCGGCUGAUCUAUGGGAUACUCCACUUGGACCAUAUAAGAGAAUCACUCCGGCUGUGUUAAGAAAAUGUAAGUGGACUACGAGAGGCUGGACGCUUCAAGAGCUACUAGCGCCGAGCGUCGUCGAAUUCUACGACGGGAACUGGGACUUUAUUGGCACCAAGGACUCAUGGCUGUUAGACCCUAUAUCAGAAGUUACCGGAAUCGAGCCUGAAUUCUUGGCCCGUAACUACUUAAUCUGGUCUGCCCCGGUUGGCACUCGGAUGCGAUGGGCUGCCAAGAGAAAGACAACACGACCAGAGGAUAUAGCGUAUUGCCUCUUAGGUAUUUUCGAAAUUAAUAUGCCCCUACUAUACGGCGAGGGGGACAAGGCAUUUCUUCGGCUUCAAGAGGAGAUCUGCAAGCAGACCCACGACUUAUCUCUAUUUGCAUGGACAGCACGGCCAGGCUACGCUUCUUCUUCUUUGUUUGAUUGGUAUCGUGGCAUCUUCGCUAUUCACCCCUGUGAAUUCGCAGAACUGGAGGGACUAAAACGCGAGAGCGUCAGGAGUACCUUUCGCGGCGAGGUCGCUAUCACUAAUAAGGGUCUCCGUCUCGACGACGUUCAGUUAUACAGGGCACCUAACGAUACGUUGAUCUUACCGCUCGGCUACACUGGCUCGUACCCCGAUGAUAAAUGCGAAAAAUUGUCAUACGGCAUAUAUAUCAGACUGACUCUUGAUGGAUACAUCCGCAAGAAUCCAGGCAUCCUCGCCAUACUAUCAAGCGACCGCGUCUCUGACAUACCAGCACACCGCAUCUAUAUCAGGAAACAAUCAGUCACACCAUGGGCAUGCAGCCAACUAAUACAAGAUAAAUAUGUAGGCGUGUUACUCUUCCGAUUCGAGGGGCAGCUAGCUUCUAGAAUCGUCAAAGUAAUACCGCAAGAGUCGUUUGACUACAGUCUCAACGCAUUUCUAACCGGGGGUAAAAAGUUCUUCGGCUACCUACGGCUGAACGUGGGCGGUGUUGACGUUGUGGUUGUCUGUUGGCUAAGAAUGUAUCUUUCAAAGUAUUCUACCACUAUGGCACCCGAUGUCAGGUAUGGCUUUGCUAUCGAGGGCAAAGAUAGUUGGGACAGGUUAAAGACAAUGCGUCUCGAGACCGAAAUAACCAAUCACGCAGGCCAGGAUGGGUCCGUUUUAUCUCUUUUACCAGACGCCAGGUUAAGCAAUUCCGAUGAUAGUAUCAUCACUUCGCUCGGUUCGUCAAACAUAAGUAUGGCCAUGCAUACUUUUACAAGAGGCCAAAACAGCCAUUUAAUAGUCACGUUUUCAAAGAAAAAGAAGAGGUGUCUUUUCUGGUAACCUUAAGUACCCAACCUACCUAUAUAUCAUCUCAUUUACUCCACGUUUCCGCCGUAAGAACUUCAGCAGAUAGGUGUUGCGGAUCUUCUAGCUAAGGUGAUGACAAAUACCGCCUUUUUGCUUUUAUUCGGCGAACAAAGAUGACGCCGGAAGCAGAUUCUGGGUGACUGGGUCUGACCAGGGGCUACGCAAGUCAUAAAGCAUGGUCCUCACGUUGGAUAAGCUGAGUUAUUAUCC